CCCUGGUCGAACGGACAGUGCAGAAACAAGUUCAAGUUGGGAACAAAACUUCUUACAUUUCGUGUAUUUGUAAUUUUUUUAUAUGCCAUAAGUCCUCAAAUUUCACUCAGUCUUGUAUUUAAGCAUAACUCAUGCGUAAAUAAUGACACGAGAGGAAGACCUAGUACGGAUCGCUAAAAAGCUAGACAAGAUGGUGUCUAGAAAUAACACGGAAGGUGCUCUUGAUUUGUUGAGGGAAUUGAAAAACUUCAAUAUGACUCUUAAGUUACUUCAGGAAACAAGAAUUGGCAUGUCUGUCAAUGGUGUAAGAAAGCAUUGCACAGAUGAGGAUGUCGUCUCCCUUGCAAAGAUACUUAUCAAAAACUGGAAGAGGCUAUUGGAAUCUACCCAUUCUCAAAAAGCUGAAAGACCAAAUGAUUUGAAGAAUGAAAAUGAAGCCAGUAAGCAAAUGGAAUUACCCAGUGGGCUUUCUCCUGACAGAGAGUCAAGCCCAAAAUCCUUUCUAGAUCCUCAUAAGAAGCUUACUGACAAACACACAAAAGAGAAAAGAGGGGAGCAACUACAGAAAGAAAAACAAGAAAGUGACCACAGAAAGGAGAAACAUCUCAGUAAUCAUACAAAGGAUAAGGGGAGGAUUGAUGCUUUGGACUCCACUGUUUUUCCUCCUCUACCUUCUCAUCCUUCUUCUCUCAAGUGUCCUGCAGAAGUGAAGAAAGAGAGGAGGGAUGCUCCCGUUGAUUUUUUCCCGGCUCCUCCACUCCACCCUCCAGCUCAUCCAAGGCGUCCAUCCACAGAAGUAAAGAAAGAGAGGAGAGAGGCUUCUGAUCUUCAAAAUCCUUAUCUUCUCCACCUUCAUCAUCCUAUUCCUCCUCAUAUUCGUAUUUCUAAACGUCAACCUGAAGUGAAAAAAGACAGGAGAGAUUCAGCAGAAACCUUGACUGCUACCCCCUCUCAACAUUCUCACGCCCCACGUUCCUCUCCUCCACAUAAAAGGCCAUGUCUAGAGGUUCCUAAAGAGAGAAAAGAAGCUGUGCAUCCUGAUGCUGCUCCUCUUCCUCUCCACCUUCAUCCCCCCAUUCCUACAAAACGUCUCUCCUUAGAAAUGAAGAAAGACAAAGAGAAAGAAAGAAAAGACACAUCAGCAACCCCCAAACAAGCUGUUCAGCAAAGGACAUCUGAACACAAGAAAGACAGAGAUGUGGGGGGCAGUAAACCACCCAAAACAUCACCUGUGGAAGCAAAGAGAGAAAGAAAAGAUUCCCCAGAUCUCAGACAACAGCCUUCUAAAAAGCUGAGCCAGGAUGGCAAAAAAGAAAGGAAAGACUCCACUGAUUCUAAGUCUGGCCAGAGGCGACAAUCGAGUGACAGCAAGCCUCAGAGAAGAGAUUCUGUUAACUCAAAGUCUGGCAGCUCACCACCACCAGCUAAGAAGCUCUCAUGUGAAAGGAGAGAGUCUCAUGGCUCAAAGUCAUCUCACCCUGGAGCACAGCCGAGAAAACUGUCCACAGACAGCAAUGAUGGAUGGAAAAGUAAAGCUGAGACUCCAAAGACGCCCAGCACACCCAGCAGCCCUUUGUCUCCUACCUUCAGCUGUGGUGGGGGGCCUCUAUCCCCUCGACUACUCACAGGGGACUCCAUUAGGGACAAGUGCAUUGAUAUGCUGUCUGCUGCACUGCGUACAGAUGAUGAUUAUAAGGAUUAUGGUGCAAACUGUGAUGCUAUGGCAUCUGAAAUUGAAGAUCAUAUUUACCAGGAGAUUAAAGCCACAGAUAUGAAAUAUAAAAACAGGGUGCGUAGUCGUAUUAGCAACCUGAAGGACCCCAAGAAUCCCAACCUGCGCAAGAACGUCCUGGGUGGAGCUAUUGAGCUGAGCCGCAUAGCCACCAUGACUGCUGAGGAAAUGGCCAGUGAUGAGCUGAAACAGCUGCGGAGUGUUCUGACCCAAGAAGCCAUCCGUGAGCACCAGAUGGCAAAGACUGGCGGCACCACUACUGACCUGCUGCAGUGUAGCAAGUGCAAGAAGAAGAACUGCACUUACAACCAGGUGCAAACUCGCAGUGCUGAUGAGCCCAUGACCACAUUUGUGCUGUGCAACGAGUGUGGAAACCGCUGGAAGUUUUGCUAAUUUCCGGUGUGAAGUCUCACCCUCCCAUCUUUUCAUUCUGGAUGAUGGAAAAUCCACAUGACCCAUGUGAUGUCACAAUUUGUCCCCAAUAUUUUGCCUUUUUUUUUUCUAUUGAAUUCUGCACUGAAUACAGAAAUUCAAAAUCUUUGAUAAAUAAUUAAAUAUGUUCAAAACAUUCAAUUUUUAUAUCAUUUUAAAUAAUAAUUUAAAUUAAUUUUGUCUUCAUUGUAAUUGUUUAAUUAGAUUUUUGUUUUGUUUUCUACAACACUAGUAAACUGCAUGGUCUAAAAUGAAAACUACAAUUACUAGCUUGGAAGAAAUCUAUGUGUAAGAUGUAAAUUAGACUCAUGUUUUUCUUUGAAUGUUAAUUACACCCAAAAACUCUCAUACUAUAGCAUUUCUAUGGUACUAAUUAAAACAAAGAACCAGAUUAGUUGCGCGCCAUUACAGUUAAUAUGUAGGUUUGACUUGUGAUUAAAAAUUGUGAUGAAAAAUUUCAGAGAUUUUUAAAUAUUUGUCCCUAAAGACUGUACAAUAAUUUUGCUACCUCUGAAAUUCCAUUCAUAGUAAUAAUUACACCUUAUUAUUACCUUUAAUGCCAUGCUUAUGAUAAACCCAUUUUGCAUUAUUUUAGUAAUAAACAGAAGACAGUAGUGCCAUUUUCUUUCUAUUCCUUUUUCACUAAAGCCAGUAGCACAUGUGAUCUUUUCCCAUUUGCGCUCAUGGUUUCUUAAUGAUGCAGAUCAGAGCUAAUGAUGCCCUUGCCUCUGUAUUUGAGCCUUAAUAAGCACCAUGCUCUCUAGCUCAUCCUCUAGUCUUUGCCCUCUUGCAAUCCUUAAAACAAUUGAUUCAGUGUGAAAUUAUGCCCUUUAGGCUUUGAAGCCUUACGUUUUAUUAUUAAUCUUACCAUUGCCAUAACACCCAGUAGAUAGUGAAAUGAAAUGGAGGAUCGCUAAAUGAUGGCCUUCCUCCCUCUACAUUUUAUUGCAUUUUUAAGAGGAUACUCUUGUAGCACUUAAUGACAUAGCUAGAUGACUGUGUCAGCCUAGAUUUAGUCACAGGUACAGUUAUCCUCACAGCUCAAAAGUUAUUUCUAUACUCUGUGGGGUAAAGGAACAGCUAGUAAAUACUGUGUUUACUGUAAAUACUGCAUUUACUGUACUUCAGCAGGAGUUUUCCCCUGGACAAACCUUUCAACAUUUCUUUAAGGUUAUAUUUCACUAGGUACCUUGUAAAAAUGCUUGCAAUUUAUCAAUCCUUACAUGUUGGUGAUGACAUGUUUCUGAAGCUUCAGAUGCAUACUGAAAUGGACAACCAUUAUUAUCUUCCAGUCAUUUGGUGUUCUACAAAUGGUCAUAAAGUUAAGUGACAUUCACUCUUGGCCAUGUACUCACUGGAUCUGAAAUAAAACUGAUCGUGAGGUUAAAGUGUAGAAUCUUUAGUAAAAGAACUUGAAAUAAAAGUAUAAAACAGUUAUCUUAA